AUGACAGUGGCUCAAGUGUCUAAAGUCUACCAUUUCUCAUCAGCUGAGCAGCAGAGAGACAUCCAGAGCUGUGCUUUGCAGAAAAGUGAGAUUAUCAAAGGUUUGUUGACUCUCAAGGUAACAUUUUUGCAAGACUCUUUCUGAAGCUGUGGGUUCUGUUUGGUAGAUUUGGGGGGUGUUGCUAGGGGACCACCACAGGAAAAAUUUAGAGCAUGAAACCCUUUACUUCAGUGUUUUGGUUAAUUUCAGUGUAAAAAUCCGCCUAAAAAUGUCUGCAUUUUUGCAAGUCAAACCAAAAUGAUCUUAUUUCAUUUAAAUAACAAAUAGUCUGCAUGCCUUGCUUGAAUUUUCACAUUUUUGCAGGUUUUAGGCUUCAGCUAAACUUUCAGGGAUGUCACAUGUUUGUGUAUGUGUACUGUGAUUGAUGGCUAUCACAUUUUUUCCUGAUAAUGUAAGAGCAGCUUGUCCGAUAUAGACUCAUUAGGACUCCCCCACAAACAAGCGGCUGCUGGAGGAGAGUGGGCAAGUUGUGUUUAGUCUCAUUGCUAAAGAAAGCAGGCAAAGCUAAAAAGAUAUUUGAAGGCUAGUACUAUGGCUGGGACCCUAUAUGUACUGUUGAUGAAGUUAGAUUCUGUUCUGAGCAUUAUUUGUGGCUAUAGACUGGCUGGUUGAGGUUUGCGCGUGGAGACGUAAACCGCCGUGUAUUGCUAUUGUGUGGUUGUUGCUGAAGUGUGUGUAACUACAUUCAUCCCUCGAGGGGUUGCCUAACUCAGUGUUACGGUGCAUUUUGACCAUAGUUUAAAAAUAUUAUGCUGGAAUAUCCCUUUAAGUCACAUACUAGCCCUCAAGCUCUCCAUCAUGCACAUUCAGUCUGAUGAGCACUCUCAAAUACAAACAUGCACGUGCAACAAAAGAGCUAAAACCUUGACCAAUUCUCACUCUGAAUCUGUACAGCUUUACAAAUAGUGAGUGAGUAUCUGGUGGUUUGGUGAUAAACAUGACCUGACAUUGUUUUCUCUCUCUUCUUUUGCAGAUGGCAACCUCCUAUAGAUGGCUAUGCUUUGCUAAGUUAGCCGCCUUGGGCCUUAUCUGCUCUGUUGUCACUUUCUGCCUGUUUUUUGAGCCUCCGUUCAAUGUUUGUCAAUUUGUGGAACAUUUUGAUAGUGUGGAUACUCAAGAAAAGCCUAUACUCCUGCUGUGGUUCUGGCCUCUUGGUGUGAAGUUUGAUCUUAAAGCUUGCUCCAUCCACUACAACAUGGAUAGCUGUGUUUUGACAGAUAACAGAGCACUCUACAGCAAAGCUCAAGGAGUCGUCUUCUACCAUAAAAACAUAGCCAGCAAUAUGAGCAACAUGCCCAAAGAUCCCCGUCCAUCUUUUCAGAAGUGGAUCUGGUUUCAUAUGGAAUCUCCGACAAAUACAGCAAAUAAAUUAGGAGUGAACAACUUGUUCAACUUAACAUUGAGCUACAGAAGAGACGCCAGCAUCACAGUGAGGAACGAGCUCACCAUCAGGGAAACGGAGAGUGAAGAGGAUUUCAUUCCACCUAAAAAGACCAGACUGGUUUGUUGGAUCGUCAGCAACAAAAGACAGAAAACUGGGGCAACUGUGAGAGAAAGGUACUACGCAGCGCUGUCCAAACACAUAAAGAUCGAUCUUUUUGGUAUUGCUCACACUGGGCACAGGUUGAGCGAUGAAGAAUAUUACCCAACCAUUGGGAGCUGUAAGUUUUAUCUGUCUUUUGAGAACUCCAUUCACAGAGACUACAUCACUGAGAAGGUGAACGGGCCCCUUGUGGCAGGGACUGUCCCUGUGGUUUUGGGUCCUCCACGACCAAACUACGAGCAGUUCCUUCCCUCUGAUGCUUUUAUUCAUGUCAAUGACUUCCCAAACCCAAAGGCACUGGCGGAGUUUCUUCUCGCUUUGGACAAGAAUGAAACGGCGUACAGGCGUUACUUUGAGUGGAGGAAGCACUUCUCUGUGACUCCUCAUCUCCUGUCAAUCAAGAAUGAGUUCAUUCAGCCCAUCUGCCUCGCCUGUGACCACAUCUCCAGAGACAAAGAUUAUCAUAUUGUUCAUAACCUUUUAAAGUGGCAUAAGUCAUAG